UCCAGGCACAAGUUGGGCACCAUGUCUGAUAAGUUAAGCUGCAGCCACUGCAAGGAAAGCUUGCAGGGGAAGAAGUAUGUGGAGAAAGAUGACCAGCACUACUGCCUGAAGUGUUUCAGCAAGUUCUAUGCCAACACCUGCGCCGAGUGCCGCAUGCCCAUCGGCGCCGACUCCAAGGAAGUGCACUACAAGAACCACUUCUGGCAUGACACCUGCUUCCGCUGUGCUAUGUGCUCUCUCCCCUUGGCCAGCGAGACCUUUGUGGUCAAGGACAACAAGAUCAUGUGCAACAAGUGUGCCACUAGUGGUGGUGAUGAAAUUCCAAUGUGCAAAGGAUGCGGCAAGGCCUUUGUGUCAGGAGACCAGAACGUGGAGUACAAGGGCUUCCUCUGGCACAAAGAUUGCUUCAUCUGCAGCAGCUGCAAGGAAGUCAUCGGCACAGAAAGCUUCUUCCCCAAAGGGGAGGACAUCUACUGCCUGAAGUGCCAUCAGGCCAAGUUUUCCAAGCACUGUGUGAAGUGCCAGAAGCCGAUCACCUCCGGUGGAAUCAUGUACCAGGAUAAGCCCUGGCAUGCCACUUGCUUUGUGUGUGCCUCCUGCUCUAAGAAGCUGGCUGAGCAGCAUUUCACUGCUGUGGAGGACAAAUAUUACUGUGUGGAUUGCUACAAGAACUUUGUGGCCAAGAAGUGUGCUGGAUGCAAGAACCCCAUCACUGGCUUUGGUAAAGGCACUAGCGUGGUGGCCUAUGAAGAACAAUCUUGGCAUGACUACUGCUUCUCCUGCAAACAGUGUUCCACAAAUCUGGCCAACAAGCACUUUGUUCUCCACAACGAGCAGGUGUAUUGCCCCGACUGUGCCAAAAAAGUUGUGCAUUGA